UCAACACAACAAACAGACAAAAAACAGACAGACAAACAAACAAACAAACAAAAAACAAACAAAAAAAAAAACAGGAACAGAAUGUAUACUUAUUUGGGAAAAUGGAUCAUGGUUAACAACAGCAAAUGUGAAUGCCCUUUCCUCCCUGCCCACCCAUGGAAGUCUACUCCUCUCCAAGUCACCAUUUCAAGAAGCCUCCUGGGAUAUCUCCCCUGGGCUUCUUCAGGGCUCCGCUAGAGGGCUCUUCCAGCAGGUCCCGCACAGUGGACUGGCUUUGCCUGGGCCCUGCCCAGUAGAGAUCAUGUAUCGCCUCCUGGGGCUGCGGCCCGUCCUCAACGGGUCCAGACCUCACAAUACCGCCCUGUGGUUGCCACCGGAUGGCUAUGGGCUCCAUGCUGUGCCCCCACAGGGUUCUGUCACACAGCAGGUGCUCAGUGGAGAGCACAGCAGUUAGCAGUUUAGCAGCCGCACACUGCCAGCCAAAGAUCGUAAGCAAUGGAUCUUCGCAAGCUCUAGGAAGCUGCAGCAGCGGCAACACCACCAAAUAUUUUGUUUUAAAAUGGCAGCCUGGGAUGAGCUUGCCUUUUUCAAAUAGCCUGGCAUUAUUUUGCCAAAACCAGCCAACUUCUUUGAAAGUCGAUGCAGAAAAAAAUCACCAUGCUACCUCGUCCAAAUUGACCUCACUUGAUGCUGGCACUGUAUAGAAGCUGACCUCUGUGAGCUUAUAAUCACAAUUAAUUUUCUACCCACAUAGGGGCAAAUGCCAUUUGGCCCCUGUGCCAGGCAGCUUGCUGGAGAGAGGUGCUCUCCAGCGGCCGGCUACCAGUGUGCUGGUGCUGUGCUCACAGACCGCGUUCAGGUCUUCCCGCUAUGCCUGGAAACCGAGCUGUGGUAGCCACAACCCUCUGGUGGCGGUAGUAAAACCCGGCUCCAGCCACCCACCGCAACGGGUACAAAAAAAUCUUGCGGGCUGAAGAAGACCUACCCAGGGCCUGGGGGUAGAAGACAGAAGUUGAAAUGACCUGUCCAGCAGCAAACUACCCCAGAGCUCGUUCCGACCACUUCUUGGGAGAGCUCGAGCUAUCCCAUCCGCGUAUACAAAGGCGCCAAACCCUCCCGCAUCCCUCCCACCGGGUAGAUACCUGGUGACUAUCACUUUCCCUAAAGUUUAGUACCUUCGCUAGGCUCCCCAUAAUCGCCAUUGCCGUAGACCUAGCAACGUUAAGAAGCGGGACUCGAGUGAUCACGUAAAGGUUAGGGAGGCGCUCAGAGACUCUUGUGAAGCAGACGACAUGGGCUUACGACACAUGUAAUAUCAGAAAAGGAGUGCUGAGCAGAGGACUGUGAAUCCAGGGCUCCUGGAAGGGGCAUCUUUUUUUGCUGUGCGGGGCAGAUGUUCCCUCUCUAAAUUAGGUUUCCAUCUGUGGCCAAGGUGGGUUGUGGUACGGCACUGGACACUGGGCUUGAAGAGAAAGGUCCCACACCAAGAUGCGCGCAUCCCCAACCCUUACCAGAUGUGCCACACACGGUUGCAAUUCCCCUUCAUUUGCACUAAAAUUCAAAAGCGGGCACGGUAGAAUAUUCUGGAAAGGGGAUAAGAUGAACCUCGGGAGGCGGGGGUCGGUGGAAAGCGCAGAUGGAUUAUUUUUUUUCCUCUUCUGACGAAUGAGGAGUGCCCCCGGCUACCCCUCCUUAUGGACCCCCCCAUGCGCGCAUGCGCAGUUGGGUGGCGGGUGGCUACUUAAGGCGCGGCCGCGGCGGCUGCAGCAGUGCGCCCAACAGCGGACUCCGAGAGACCAGCGGCCCUCGGCAAACCUGCGGUCUUCGGCAGCACUCGCGCUCAACCAUCCACCCAACGCACUCGGAACCAUGGCGGCAGUGGCGGCAGCCUCGGCUGAACUGCUAAUCAUCGGCUGGUACAUUUUCCGUGUGCUGCUGCAGGUAAUGUUCCUGGAAUGUUGCAUUUACUGGGUAGGAUUUGCUUUUCAAAAUCCUCCAGGGACCCAGCGCAUUGCAAUUAGUGAGGUGUUCAGGUACUCCCUGCAGAAGCUGGCGUACACCGUGUCGAGGACCGGGCGGCAGGUGUUGGGAGAGCGCCGGCGAGCCCCCAACUGAGGCCCCAGCCCCCAGCCCUGGGCGGCCGUGUCAUCAGGUGCUCCUGUGCAUCUCGCCCAGCACGGGAGCCAGUGCCGCGCAGGAAUGGGGGGUCCCCUGUGCUCUCUCGCCAGAGGAGCACUUGCCAAGGUCAGUGAGGGGCUGGCAGGCCCCCGGAGAAGCAGCACCGACAAUGACGAUAAUAUCAGAUCCUUUCCCAACCCCUUUGCACCCGUCCCACUGUGGGGUGGGGUAGAGGGAGGAGGGGGAGUGGGGGGAGCAGAUCUCUGAGAUUUGGGCAUAGGCAUUCUGAUCUGGACCAAGUCGGGACAGCGACAUCCAGCCCCACAGCCACGGCCAUGCCAGCAGGCCCCACCACAGAGAUCCAGACAACCACACCAGCCAGCAGAAUGGACAUUCCAACAUCACCAGCCAGCAGCCCUGAAUCUCCGAGCAGCAGACAAGGCACCAACUGCGUGCCCAUGUGGCGGGACUGGAGGGAGUGGGAGAAGGAGGAGGGUUAAGAAAUAGAAUGGGGCCCUCUUACUGUCCCUUGCCUACGGCAUGUGCAUUCCAGCCUUGCGCCUUUGCUCCCUCGAUUCCCCUUCCCCUUCACUGCCUCCCAAGCCCACCCCACCUGAAAGAAAUGUGUCACUCGAUUCGGACCUAUUUAACCAGUAAACAGAUCCCAUCUUUACUAAAACACCUUCUCCGAACCCCCAGCCCCUCACUGAUCUUGCUUUUCCUUGGUCUCACGCAAUUGUGGUAAAUAUUGUGGUAAUCGCUAAUUGUAUUAAUUGUGUAAGUGUGCAUUAGUUGUGUUUCCCCAGCUAGAUUGUAAGCUCCUGGAGGACAGGGACCACCUCUACAAAAAAUAAAAACAGUACCUCCUCCAUCUCGCAGUGUCUCAGGAUCCUGCAGGGUGGUGGAGGCGCACCAAAAAGUU